AUGGUGGCAGCUCUGUUCUUGCUGAGUGUCACCAUGACAGUCAACAGUCAAAGAGGGAGGAAUAGGUUUGGUGGAGGAGGUGGAGGAGGAUUUCAUCAUGGCGGCGGUGGAUUCAAUGGACAUGGCGGAGGAGGUUUCCAUCAUCAUGGAGGAGGAGGAGGAGGGUUUCAUCAUGGUGGUGGUGGUGGAGGAUUUCAUCAUGGCGGCGGCCACUUCAGGGGUUGA